AUGAGAAAAGACAGGGUUAACGCUCUGGCACUGUCAUCUAAGAGACCAUACCAGGGCCGGACCCGGACUGACCACAGACCAGAAUCGGAGCGACUGUGCCGUGCCGAUCUGGAGGCGGAGCGGACCCAAAGGCAGGCCCACCGGCAUGUCUCUUUGGAAAUUAGGCAUCUACGGAAAGAGGCAGAACGGGAGCAAAAACAGGUUUUAAGGGAACUGACUGCCAGGCAUGAGUGCCAAAAGGCCUCUGUCAGGCAUCCUGACAGAGUCCAGCAUCGAGUGGCUAAGGCGGUGACGGUUAAAGACACUGGACGAUACCCGAAGAGUGAGACCACAGGGAAAGACGCUGUUUGUCUGGGCAGCGGAGAGCCUUAUCAAACACUGAAGCGGUUGCUUCUGAAGCUGCAUGAGAAGAUAAAUGGUGAAAAGGUUGCCUAUAACCUGCAUGACAGAAAAGAGCUGGAGGUGGAGCGGGCCCUCCUCCUCUGCCAGCUGCUAGAAGCCCAUGUAACACUGGUGCCGGGGAGGCAGAGAGCUGAGCAGCAGGACCCCAGGAUAAAAAACCUGCUGAAAAUUUCCAAAUGUGACACGGGUCAGUCCUGCCAGAGCGGAGCGGCUCUAACUUAUCCAAUGCCCUUGUCACAGAGUUGUCAGACUCCCUCCCCACCACCGAUGAAGAAAACGGGGCAAGAGAAGGAAAAAUUGCCCUUAGUGAGGGACUUGUGUGCAGCUGACUGCUCCGCUGCUAUGGUGGGGGACACCUGUUGUAGCGGCUCUCUGGAAAUUUGCCACCCUCAAAGUUGUCCUGCUUCAGACUGGGACCACCGGUCCUGCAGCCCUGAGUCAUCUGGGUCAUCGCUCUCCAAAUGCCUGGACAAAAACAUGGAAAAGAGAGUGAUGUAUGACCUGUGUACUCAGCCUGAGCAGCCUGAGCCUGCACCUGCAGACACAGGGAUGGAGAGUCGUGAGGAGGCCGAAACCUUUGGACUACAACAGCAGGCGUUGAUGAGGACAGAAGAGCAGGGUAGAUGCCAUGAACCUGUGGAGAAGGCAGACCCAACAGCUACCAAUCUCACUCCGGUGUCGUUGUUGGGGAAGAGACACCACUCUCUCUAUACUAACCUCAAUGGCUUUGAAGUGGAAGGAAUGCACAAGAAUGGCACCGACUAUUGCUUCCUGGUACGCCAGAACUCUGAGCUCCUGAGAGCCCUCGAUGAGCUGGAGAAGACCUGCGCUACUCUGAGGGAGGAGAAUGUCCUACUGCGGAAAAGCAGCGCCCCGGAGACUGAGGAGAAGGUCAGGCGGCUGAGGAGGAAGAACACAGAGUUGGCCGUCCUUGCUAAGAGGCUGGAGGAGAGGGCACGCAAACUGCAGGAGGCCAACCUGAAAGUGGUCAAUUCCCCAGCUCUGGUGAGGCCCGGAUCUGUGGAGCAGUACAAGCGUGCGUUUGCUCGCCAGCGAGCUCGCGACCUCGCCCAGCACGCCGACACACUGCUGUCUAAGGACAAGGAGAUCGCAGCCCUGCAACAGGAGUGCCGAGAGCUGGAGGCACGGCUCGGCACUGCUAAGGGCUCCCCUGUCCCAUCUGGCAGGCAGGAAUUUGAGAGGCUCCUGAGGGAGUCCCAAAGGGAGGUCCUGCGACUCCAGAGACAGCUGUCAGUCACCUCAUCCAGAGAGCACCAUGACCCCAGCAAUGCCUCUGUCAGCCAAGAGAAGACUGACAAAAUCAACCACCAAGGGGAAAAGGUUGCAGGAGAGACCCCAUUUGUGGUAUUAAAUGAGGCUCCGUCCAGGUGUGAGGAGACUCCCGGAGAGGAGGAGGAGUCGGGGCCACAAGUGACCCCCUCGCCGGGCCCCAGCCCGAGCCCCUCCCAUCAGGAGGACCACAAAGAGGAGCAACGACUACAGUUUCUGGAAAGUGAGCUGUGCAAGAAGAGAAAAGAAUGUGAAGACCUCGAGCAUGAAGUAAAGAAGCGACAAAAGCGAUGUCUGGAUUUGGAGAGCCAGCUUGAGGAUGAGCGAGGCAAAAAUGAGCAGCUAAAAGAGGAGGCAGAACUCCUCAGGAGGAAGGCACAGCUGCUCGACCAGACUCGGGUUGAGAAUGAGGAGCUGAGUGAAGAUCUCUCUGAAGUGACCGCUCAACACAAUUCAGUUCUCGAAGAGAACCAGAGACUGCGUGCCAAACUGGAGAACCUAGAGCAGGUCCUAAAGCAUAUGCGAGAGGUCGCCGAGCGAAGGCAGCAGCUGGAAUUGGAACAUGAGCAGGCACUGGCUAUCCUCAAGUUCAAACAGGAUGAAAUCAAGCGGUUACAGCGGGCUCAGUUUUUCGCCAAGAGGGAGCAUGAAGGGGUGGUGCAGAUGCUGGAGGAGUUGACACAGUUUGUGUUGCGGAGGGAGCUGUCAAAGGUUCGAGAUCUGGAGGAGAAAUGUCGCAGUCAGAGCGAACAGUUUGGCCUACUGUCACAGGAGUUGGAGAAGUUCCGGCUACAGGCCUCAAAGGUGGAUCUGGCUGGCACCAGCCUCCUCACCAACCCCAACCUCUCUGUUCUGACUAAUGGGGUGGGCCUGACUACAGAUAGAGAUGCCUCUGGUUGCCCUUGGGAUAUGAAGUCUCUGGUUGACAUAGCCUUCUGGAGUCUGGAGGGGUGUGACAUUCCCCCAUGCCCUGGGAGGAGAGAUGUGGCAGCCGCGCUGCGAAUGGGGGCCACCCCCCAUGCUGCAGGGCUCUCCAGGGUGGAGCGCUCUCCCAUCACCAAGCACCGAGAGUUGCCCACCAUCAGCGUCAGCAAGUCAGCUUCCAGCUCUAGCAAGUCAGAUACUACGCAUCUCACCCCCAAAUCCGACACCUACCUUAGUCCCCACAAAUCCAGCCCAACUCAUGAGGUGGACACAGCAAGUGAAGUAGAAGAGCUGGACGUUGACGUCGCCCCAGCACCUUAUACAGCCACCAGAGGAGCAGCCAAGCUUCAGGUCUUUAUUGCCAGAUACAGCUAUAAUCCAUACGAUGGACCUAAUGACAACCCGGAGGUAGAGCUACCACUAACUGCUGGAGAAUACAUCUAUGUUUAUGGAGACAUGGAUGAUGAUGGAUUCUAUGAAGGUGAGUUGAUGGACGGACGGAGAGGGCUGGUCCCCUCUAACUUUGUGGAGCACGUCUCUGACGAUGAUGUCAUGAGUGCUCACCAUCCAGAGGCAGGGGACAUGUCCCAAAACUCCCUGCUGGACAGCAGCUUCCACAGUGCCAGCCAACAGCACCACCUCCACACAGGCUUGAGCACCUCAGAAAGGACAGAGCAGUCUGCAGCUUCUGUCCCUGCUUCUGUCCCCAUAGAGUCAGCGUCAGCCUCUGCUUUCCCAGCCCCCCUCACCAACGGUCUCGACCUGGAUUUGGAGGAGGUGGGAGUGGACACUGUGCCUUACCCACGUAAGCUCACCCUCAUCAAGCAGCUGGCCAAGAGCAUCAUCAUCGGCUGGGACCCUCCCCUGGUGCCCGCCGGCUGGGGCAACGUGUGGAGCUAUAAUGUGUAUGUUGACCAGGAGCUGCGGCUCAAUGUGCCCUUUGGCGCCCAGACCAAAGCAGUGCUGGAGCGGCUGGAUAUAAACCUCAAGGCCUACCGCGUGUCAGUGCAGAGCCUGACAGAGAAGGGCCUCUCAGACCAGCUGCACUGCACCAUGUUGGUGGGGCGGGAUGUGUGUGUGGCGCCUACGCAGCUACAAGUGGACCGAAUCACUGCCACCUCCGCAAACCUGAGCUGGCUGCCCAGCAACAGUAACUAUGUGCACAUUGUGUCCUUGAACGAGGAGGAGUGUGAGCUGGUGAAGGCCGGCUGCUACUCGCUGUGCCUCAAUAACCUCAUGCCCAGCCUGCACUACACUGUAAAGGUUGAGGCACGGCCCCACCGCACACCGUGGGAGCUGCCUGUGGAGCGACGCGAACGCAAAAGUGCCACUAUCACCUUCACCACGCUGAGUGCAGGUCCCCCUGAUGCGCCUCUGGAUGUACAGCUGGAGCAGGGCCCCUCCCCAGGGAUUGCCCUCAUCAGCUGGCUGCCUGUCACCAUAGAUGCUGCCGGGACCUCCAACGGGGUCCGUGUCACAGGAUACACCAUAUAUGCUGACAAGAAAAAGGUGCUGGAAGUAUCAUCCCCCACAGCAGGUAGUGCCCUGCUGGGUCCAUCUCAGAUCCAGUCCCUGCAGGCAGCACAGGAGCUCAUCGUCCGCACCACAUCUGCACAUAGGGAGUCCUGUGACUCUCUGCCAGUCAAUGUGCCCACCAAGCUGGCUGCCAUCAUGGCAGGCCCAGCUGCUGCCACCCUAGUUGUGCCAGCCCUCCCCUGCGCUCCCACAAACUCUACCAUCCUGCCCUCUUCUCCCUCCUAUGGGAACUCUGCUGCCAAAGUCUCCAUGCUGCCCCACACUUUGCCACAAGACACACACGCCAUCAGCCUCACAAUGGAGGCUCCUGCCAACCCUCCUCAUGCACUACAUGCGGAAGUCCCUUUCCCACCUGCCUCAUAUGUGGAGGCCUGGGCUGACCCCACAUCCACCGCUGCCUUGGUGGUGUGCGAGGCCACAUUACCAGCAGCUUCCACUAUCACCCCAGUGGUUAAUGUGACCUCACCUACCACCUCAGUACCAGUUCCAGCACCAGCAGCAGUGUUGGCGCAGCACAGAGACACAGACAGCCCUGGAACUAUACGUCCUUUCCCAUCCAUCACAGAGUUCCUCGAGGAUCCCAGUGCCAAGCUCAGUACUCCUGAGCGCAUCCCCACACCACCCAAGGCCCCAAUCACAGACCUCCUUAACCCUCAGGACACUCACCACCUCCGGCCUCCCAAUCCUUCCCCGCUAGAGUCUGAAGUAGAGGAGGAGCAAGAGAAUACGCGUUUGGUGUCCAUUGAAGAGUUCUUGAGACAGGAGCAGGAGCCAGCAUACAGCCAGAGGCAGCAGAAUUAUGGCAAAGGGCCGGUGGAACCUCUCGGUGACUACCACGCAGAAAACAGCCGCUCAGACCUGUCGGACAUUCUGGAGGAGGAAGAGGAAGAGCUCUACUCUGACCACCUGGCAGACGCUCAGCUCAGGGGCUACUCGAUUACAGCCAACAGGUUAUGCAAGGUGGCGACUCCGGACAGCGAUGAGGACGUCCUUGAGAAGAUUCUUAAGUUGCCUCCUCAGGCCUACAACAGUAAGCAGUUGUUUAGCAUCCCCGAGUUGACAGAGGAGGAGGACAACAGCCAAGAAGAGCCUUUGCCCCGGCGCAGACAGCCCCGGGGCACUGCUAGCCACUCACAUGCUAGAGAUGGUCACCCGCGAGGCUCAGAACACCUCCAUCACAGCCCUCGGCACCACUUCCAUCCACACACUCAUCCUCAACAUCACCACCUCAGCGGGGAUCCCAGAGCUCCUAUAAAAGAGCCUUUACCUAGGCACGGGUGCUUGCAGGUCAGGCCUAAGACCCAGCACAGAGUCCACUACGCAGACACAGUCCAAACCAUCAGCUACCCCGAGAAGGACAAAUCCAACUUAUAUGAGGGUCCCAACAGCAGGCGGCUGUUGGCCUGUUCUCAACCCCAAAUGACCCCUUCUAGCAGAGAGAGAGAUGUGGCACUGAUUGGAGGGCUAGGAGACCGCCUUAGGAGGGAGGCCAUGCUCAGGAGUCAAAUGGCUGUCACUACGGCUGCCAACUCUGGCCACAGCUUCACGCCGCCAGGAGCCUACCUAGUUAGCAAAACGGUACGCACACCGAGGUCACCCACCAGUCCCGGGGUUGAGAUCGACGUGGAGUACGGUACAGAUGACAACGAGGAUCCUGUGGAGUAUGGACCUGGGGAGGUGGUGGUGGAGCAGGUGAGCUCUGAGUGGUGGCUGGAGGGAGCACAGAUGGACCAGAGUAGAGCCCCCCUGCGCCGGGGGCCUAAGGCUGAUCCACAUGAGGCCAACAGAGUCACACCAGUCGAGGCCGGUGCACCGUGGGGAAGCCAGUCAGGGGUCUCCUCUAAACUAGCGAGCUCACAAGCCCGGCAGCUGAAAGCAUGUGUCUGUGCAGGUGGUGUUGAUUCACCAAAGAUUAUUGGAGACAAUGACAUCCGCAUCUUCGUGGCCCUGUUCCCUUAUGAUCCUGCCACCAUGUCACCCAACCCUGACGCUGCUGAGGAGGAGCUGCCCUUUAUCGAAGGACAGAUCAUCAAAGUAUACGGUGAUAAAGAUGCAGAUGGAUUCUACCGAGGGGAAUGCGGUGGUCACAUGGGCUACGUCCCGUGCAACAUGGUGUCUGAGAUCCAGGUGGAGGAUGAGGAGACCAGGCAGCAGCUGCUGAAGCAGGGCUUCUUGUCCACAGAGGCCUCCAUGGAGAAGCUAGGCACUCGCACACAUGCACAGCUUCCGCGCCGCCCUGUUCCACCGCCGAAACCGAGACGAUCCAAGAAAGUGGAGUCGGCAGCGCUCUGGGAGGAGAGCAUAGACUCCUCCAGUCAAGAUCCCAGCCAGGCAGCCGCUGCCGCCGCCGCCGCCGCUCCAUCUGGAGGGAACCCAGUCCCCGGAGCUCGCAGGAUGGUGGCCAUCUUUGAUUAUGACCCACGAGAAAGCUCCCCCAACACAGACAUAGAGGCUGAGCUGACCUUUAGUGCAGGGGACGUCAUAAAAGUGUUUGGUGACAUGGAUGAUGAUGGUUUCUUCUACGGAGACCUGAAUGGACACAAAGGCCUGGUGCCGUCUAACUUCCUUCAGGUGCUACCAGAGGAGGCUCCAUCAAGGCCUCCCCCUGCCCCAUCUGCACAGGAACCCAAGAGGGAACCACAGAUAAGCUGUGUUGAGCGGUCAGACCCAGGGCCCUUGACACUCGAAGAGACUCCCAGCCCCCAGACAGAACAUCCUCGCCCUGACCAGAAGCACCAGGGGGACCCGGAGCCCAAACCGGUCCUGGUCACGGACCCCGUCUCUGACCCAGCGCAAGACCCAGUCCCAAGGAACGCCUGCAGCUCUCUGCCCCACGCUCCCGUAGGUAGCCCUGUACGGACGGACAGCUCGCCACAAGGCAAGAAGAAGAAAAGCUUCUUCUCUAAAGGAAGGAAGCUUUUCAAAAAGUUGGGUUCCAGCAAGAAAGAGUAACAACCUGGAACAUUUGAUCCAGAAGGCAAGCGUCACAUUGGAAGCACUUUUUCUUUAUUCUUUGUUAGUUUUAACUGUUGCUGUAUGUUGUCAGU